CUGUGAAUAUAUAUAUAUAUAUAUAUCUCUCUCUUAAAAGUCAAGGUUAUGUGAUACGCUCGCUGCAGAGCUGUUAUAAAAUUUAGAUUUUACGACCGGCUGUGCAAAAUUACUUCCACUUUUUCCAGGGAAAAGAAAUAAAAAGAGAAAGAAGAAGAAGAAGAAGAAGAAGAAGAAGAAGGUGAGAGUGUGGGGAAAAUGUGGAAAAGACCCAUCAUCAGACUGGAUGACACAAUCCACAGGAGGACUUUCUAAAGCUUUUUAAUCUUUUGCUCUUUGCCAGUGUAUACUAAUACUACUCCUCUUCGUAGAAAGAGAGAGAGAGAGAGAGAGAGAGAGAGAGAGAGAGUCCCCACAACUGCCUGUCUCCGCUGCCGGACAAAACUGCCACCGCCAAUAAUGCUUUGGGACCUUGGAAACCAGACAACACUUCUUCUUCUCUCUCUCUUCCGUUUACUCUCACCUACUUUCUCCAGUUACAUAUACUCUCUCUUCUCUCCAAGUUGGUUAUUUUUCCGCCCUUCAUUUCUCACCUUCUUAAUUCAUUCCGUUUCCUCUUCAUUGUUUCUGUUUUUGUUUUGUUUUUUUUUUUUUUUUUUUACCAAUUCUUGAAUUCACCUCUCCUAUCCUCUCUUGGGCUCCAUUCUCUAUCUCUUCUCCUGUAGAGCUCUGGAGUAGCAUUUAAUUUUAUUCUAUUUAAGUGUAUCACCAGCAGCAUCAGAAAAACAAAGGAAUAUAUACAUUUAUGCUGCUUUGUAUAUGGGGUCUAUCUUUCUGCUUCUAUUGUGCGUUACAUUUAUUGCUAUACUUCUGUUAGCAUUACAACGGAAUGUUUGGUGACUAAGUGAGUGAGAGAGAGAGAUAGUGAAUUUAAAGCUUACUUGCAAAUUCUACCACUGCUACUACUAUUACUACUGCUACUUGCUGCCUGCUCAGCUGUUAUGGAGAGGGUUCAAGGCCCCAUUGAUCCUUGUUUCUUAGGAGAACGUCUCGAUGUGGAGGGUUUACAACGGGAAUUUGCCAACACAGGAAGUUUGAGAUUUCAAGAAGAAGAAGAGGAAGAAGAAGAAGAAGAAGAAACACAGUUGUUAAUGCCAAGCUUGGAAGACAAAAUGCCUUUCCUUCAAAUGCUUCAAAGCGUUGAAUACCCACCAUUCUUCCCCAUUAAAGAACCCAACUUCCAAACACUGUUAAAACUCCAACAUCUCAAAAAGCAGCAGCCAUGGGAUAUGACCACUUAUAUUACUGAAACAGAAACCCGACACAUUCAAGCAGCGGCAUUAGAGCAUGAAAGUUGUGUCACUCAUGACAUACCUGAUUUACACUCACCAGUCAAAUCUGAAAGCCAAGACCUUCGAAACCCACAUUCAAAUUCUUAUCUUGAAGAGGUGAGCCGCGAGGCUGAUAACCAAACAGUUCGAGUUAACUCAGAUAGCUCUUCAUUUCCUUGGACUAUCCAACAAACCAUGCUUAGCGAUACCCAUUUCUCAAAAUCUUCUCCUCUGUUAGUCCCUAGAGAAAGACGAAAGCGAAAGCGGACAAGGCCAACAAAGAACAAAGAAGAAGUUGAAAGCCAGCGUAUGACCCACAUUGCCGUCGAGCGCAACCGCCGUCGUCAAAUGAAUGACCAUCUCAACUCUCUCCGUUCUCUCAUGCCUCCCUCUUACGUUCAAAGGGGCGACCAAGCAUCGAUUAUUGGAGGUGCAAUAGACUUUGUGAAGGAGCUAGAGCAGCUUCUACAGUCUCUUGAGGCUCAAAGAAGAACGAGAAAACCAGAAGAAGCUGAGGCAGGUAUUGGCAUUUCAUCAAACGGGCUGUUUACUUUACAAUCGGACUGUAAUGGUAAUUGUGAAGAGGAGUCAAAGGUGAAGAGAAUAUCAGAGGUGGGGGAGAUAGAAGUGACUGCCGUACAUAACCAUGUAAAUUUGAAGAUACAAUGUCACAGAAAACCAGGCCUACUGUUGAGAGCCAUUUUUGCAUUAGAGGAACUUAGGCUUUCAGUUUUGCACCUUAAUAUUACUUCAUCUGAAACUACUGUUCUUUAUUCAUUCAAUCUAAAGAUAGAGGAAGACUGUAAGCUGGGAUCAGCGGAUGAGGUAGCAGCAACAGUUAAUCAAAUAUUCAGCAUUAUCAACGGCAGCUGAUUGGGACUAUGAACACUAGGCAAUUCACCAAAAAGACAGUAGCUGACAAAAUAUAAAAUGCUUCCCUCCGCUGUAAUGUAAGAAGCUGAAACUGGGUUCUUUUAUUCUUUUUAUUUUAGAAAAAGGGGCGGCGUUAGACCAUAAAGGAACAAAAACCAGAGAUGGUUGCUGCUAGCUGCACCAUUGCCAUAAGCAAAACACUCCUAUUGCUAAACCUAGAACCGAAAUUGUAACUUGGGAUGUCUUUGGGGGGGGGGGGGGGGGGGGGGGGGUCCAGUACCAGUAGAGGGCUAAAUAUCAUUUAAAUAUGAAGGUGUAAAAUUGUGGGAGUGUAUGAUGAUGACAAACAGAAAAUUGCAAAAUCAAAGGAAAUGAUGCUUCUCUUUUUAUUUUGACUUUGGGAUGUCUUUAUUUGUAUGGCAUUUUGAUGGUUUAUCAUUAUAUAAUGUCCGAAUCUGCGUCUGCUCUCCUUUUUCUUUUGUAUUUUA